AUGACGGUGCUCUUGCUCCUAGUGCUCCCGCUCCCCUACAUGAUCCGCGCCAACAUCAUCUCGAUAACAGCCAAGAUCCAAAAGUCGCUGAACUUCAAAGUCUUUGUGCUAUUCCUGAUCUGUCUCAUGUCUUUGCAGUUCUGGGACUGUCUUGCGCGUCUCCAACGCUUCCGUCACGUUGAUGAAAAUUCGCAGUAUCGCGAGUUUGUCAAUUACGACAAGUUAGCGAGCAAAUUCUAUUCGCAGCGCAAUUUGUAUUUGAGUGGCGCCAUCUUGUAUUUGCAGAUUUGCAUUGGCACCGUGGUUACUAUCGUGAAGAAGUUGGUGCUUAAGGAGACCAUCUUGCGCGAUUUCGAACGGCUGAAGAAGGAGGGCGCGGUCAAGAGCCGGGAAUUGAAGGAGGCGGAGAGGAAGGAGGUGGUGCGGUUGCUGCAUUUGUUGGAGUUGAAGAAUCGCGAUGUUGAGGCGGUGAAGAAGCAGCUUAAGGGUAUGCAGUCUGCUUAUGAUAAUUUGAGCACAACUGAAACGAGAUUGAAAGAUGACUAA